AUGUCGCACGCCGACCGCGACCCGGUCAUGAAAGCGAUCAAGGACAAUCUUCUCAGGUGGACCUGCGAGCGACACGCCACCGACUGUUCCCUCGACAGACCUCUACUACGUAACAAGGCCUUGGAAUUGGCCGACGAGCACGGACUGACCGGUUUCAAAUGUUCCGACAGAUGGCUGACGUGUUUCCUGAAGAAGCACGGCUUCUCCCUCGACCCGAGCGACUCGUCCGGGCCGAUCUUCGAUAACUACCGAUUCUGGAUCGACGCGAUGCGAUCCGUCAUUACGCGAUACAAGCACAAGGAUCUCUUCCACUUGGACGAAUUAACCAUGUACUCCGAUAUCUCGCCUACCGGCAUCUCGUCGGCGAUGUAUCACACGACGCGCCAGGACGCGUCCUUGAGGAGAACGACGGUGCUGAUGUGCUGCAACGCCGCCGGCACCGAGAAAUCGCCGCUCUUAAUCUGCGGCACUUACCCGGCCGUGGUAACGCGCGAGGAUCACGUGUACACUCACAGUGAGGACGCCUCGAUAAGCGACGGACUCUUCAGGGAGUGGAUGAGCCGGCUGAACGAUCGCAUGAGCCGCGGCGAACGGAAGAUCCUGCUGCUGUUGCACAGGGAUCGAGUAAACGCCUUCCGAGGACUCGAGCUCAGCAACGUCCAACAUGUAUUCUUCCCGGAGAACUUCCCACCGCCGCUGAGGCCCUUGAAGAGGGACGUCUUCCAUUACGUGAAGAUGAUCUACCGGAGCAAGUAUGUGGAGAGAAUCAAGGAGCACGGGCACCGUUGGAACGUUGAGAAUGUAGUGGAGAGCUUGCUGGAGGCCUGGCGGAAAGUUCCGCGCGCGCUCAUUAUCGCCAGUUUCCAGCGAACGCACUUCAGAACGGACGAUUGCUUCCUGGAGAUCCAUUGUGACGCGUGGGAAGAGCUGGAGACUGGGCUGUCUUUCCAGAGGUUCGUUACGUUCGACGACGACCUCCCGACGACGCGAGAACACCGCCGAUCUUCCGGCCACGAUUACAACCUGAGAACAACCAGAGAAGACGUCACUUUGGCCGACGAUAAGCUCGAUUCGAGGAGAGAGUUUCCGACUGAGAAAACUCACGAUGAGUCGCAAGCGAACGGAGACUCAAGGAGAAUUCGCGGCAAGGUGAGCAUCGAUCGGAAGAAGAAGAGAGACUCGCUGAAGAGAUCCCGCGACGAAGCUCAACUGAACGAAGAUCGACCGAGCGAAAAGACAAAUAACGCGAGCGAGAAUUCAAUCGCAGCUCCUCGGGGGUCGAAGAGCAAUGAGGAAGAUAUCGUUGCUUCGGCACCGGCGAAACGUCCGAAGAUCAUCAGUGUCGAAACGGUCCACGUGGUAGGGAAACGACGAACGAACGCUCAAAGCACCGUCGAAGAGCUCGAUCUGACUACAUCGAACGCAGGCCACGUUCUGCAACCAGAUGACGCCACUGGUUACCAAGAGUCAAGAAGUGAAAACGAUGAAGCUUCGAGCGCCGGCGAGCAGCGAUCUAUGGAGUCCUCGUGGCGAAUUGACGGCUCGAACACGAGCGAUUUCACGUCGCAACAAGUAUUUAGCGAUACAUCCGCCGCUGAUUCGGAGGAGCCGAAUACAUCGGUGGUUUCCGGAGUGAGCUCGAGAAGAGAGAACGAACCGAGUUCGGAUGCAACGCCGGCGAUGGACGGAAAAGACGGCCAUUCCUCACGGCAAUCUGCGAAGAGAAGACGAUUGCACUCCGUCGACGUCCAAGAACCACUGAAUCACCCCGACAACGGUGAACCGGAGCAGAAGAAGUCGAGGCCCGACCCCGAUUGGGCGAAGCGCUACGAGACGACGUUCGUCUUCGGCUCGCCCGACGUAGCACGAACCAUAUCUACUGCGGCCGCCGAUGAAGACGCGCAGCAACGGUGGCAGAGGCGACCGUACGAGACGAGUAUUUUCACCAUAAGACCCUGGAAGGAUUAG